GUGAACACCGCCAACAUGGACUGGCCCAUCUUGUACGCCAAUCAGGUCUUCAGCAAUUUCACCGACGUGCAGGUCAGCCCGCCGCAGCACGCGACGGGCAUCGACAAGCCUUUCUGUCCCGACAGCCUCCAGGACCCGCCUUGCCUGUGGGAGCACCUCGCCCUGGACGCUUCGGCUGGCGGGGAGAGCGCCUUCCUGCAGACGGUGCGCAACGCCUGGGAGGCGCAGCCUCAGCCGCACACCUUCGGGCUCAUGGCGGACCUGAUCACG